AUGCGUUACUCCGACUUGACCAAACUACAACGAGCAUUCGUAUGGCUGCAAAGAUUUAAAACCUAUUGCAGAUACCGUUAUGUAAAACAUGACGUACAAGUACCCACAGGCGAUAUUACAGUAAUAGAAGUACGGAACGCCACACGAGACAUAUUAAAAUGUGCACAGAAAGGAAACUUUUCUGAAGAACUCUCAGCACUGAAAAUGGAUAAUCCAGUGAAGAAAGAUAGUAGAAUCGCAUCUUUAAAUCCAAUAUUACAUGACGGUCUCAUACGAGUACAUGGGAGAGUGAGCCGGGAGAAUCUCCAAGAAUAUCCGGUUAUUCUACCCAGCAAACAUCACGUGACUACGCUAAUAGUUAGACAUUACCACAACAUCAAUGGUCACGUGGGAACUCAGCAGGUGCCUGCAGAUACGCGGGAAAAGUAUUGGAUACUACAUGGCUCCAGUUCGGUAAAAAAGACAAUAGGGAAUCGUUUUAUAUGCAGACGACAACACAGUCCACUACUGACACAACAGAUGGCACCACUUGUUUCAGAACAAACCACUCCAGACAAACCACCAUUUACCUACAUAGGCGUAGAUUACUUCGGUCCAGUAUUAGUUAAGUCGGGACGCUCACAUACGAAGAUAUAUAGUUGUCUAUUUACUUGUUUAGCAACUAGAGCAGUUCACAUUGAAAUUGCCUAUAGUCUGAGAACAGAUUCAUUUAUCGCAGCCUUUCAGCGUUUCACCAGCCGACGUGGGAUUCCUGAAAAGGUAUUCAGCGACAACGGAGCGAAUCUUGUAAGCGGUGACAGAGAACUAAAACAAUCACUACAAUAA